AUGGCACAGGAGGGACCAAUCAAUGUCAAAGCUCUGAGGGCCAAGUUUCAGGAAGAAGCCAGAGCCCAGGCUCAAGCCCGGGACCAACACCGACCUGCCAUUGCUGAGAAGCCCAGACGGCUCCCAUCCACUGUUCCUGGGGAGCAGGAACAAACCUGUCAUCCCCAGGAUGGAGCCCUGAUGAGCUCCAUCCACUCGGCUGUGGAGAACAAACCUGUCAUCCCCAGGGUCAUCUUCAGGGAUGGGACCAGGGUGUCUGGGGGCAAAUGGCCCGUCUCCUUCCCUGCACUUGUACUGCAGGCCAUCCCACCAAAACCACCAACACCACCACACCAGAACCGUCUCCACAAUGGUGGAAGGGACUGCACAGCGACAGCCAAGAAGUCCUUCAAAGACCGCCACUUGCCUCUCGUACUGCCUGGCCUGCCUUUGAAGGAGCAGAAAACUGAUUUGCCACCUCAUAAAGAGGUCCCGCCUCCAACAAAAUGCAAGAAAAAGGGUUUGCUGCUCCACCACCCCUUCAAGUCAACCAAAGGCCCCAAGGUUGGUGGCGAACCUGCAGACGAGCCUGCGUAUGCUGGUUUGACCACCAACAGACAUUCAGGAGCUCCAGUAGAGGGGCUUGUGAUGGACAGGAAUAAGGCUGAAGAUAGGCUGCCACUCCAGAUGGAACAUUCUAGCACGGAGUGCCCAACCUCCAGCCCAGACAUCACCAUCACCACUCCAUUAGAAGGCCCAGGUGAAGACUUAUCUUCUAUGGUUAGUGCGACCCAGUUCUUCAGCACAUUGGAGAAAGGCAAGAAACGGUUCUCACCUAAGCACCUGUUGGUGUACGCCAGGCCCAAGAGCCUGCGUUCCAAUGGGGUCCAUCUCUCAGACCAUAGCUCUACCAUGGACAAGGGAGUUCAUCUGCCCUCUAUAGAUUAUGAGAGUCAUGCCCCAGAACAUGACCUUCCAGCCCCUUUGCCUGUCAGUCUCCCGCACCUCCCUUGUGUUUCAGCUCUGCCGUUCAAGAUGAAUGACUCUUCCCGCAGACUGGAGACUGCAUCAGAGAAACAGUUUGGCCGGGAUAGAGCAGAGCCUCUGCUUGUAAAAUCUGAUGGACUUCCCCCUCCUCAUCCAGCCAGGAAACCUCUACCUGACCGGGGGUCUCUGGGACCUUUGAAACCUCCAAGACCUCCAAGGGUAGAUCUCAGAUGUUACCACCCAACCACAGAACAUCACAGAGAGUUGACUUCAGCGGUUGAACCUGAGACAUGUGAGGAUCCACACUCUGAGCCUCCAUCCAUUGCUAAUCCUGAACUGGUUGUUCCAGAGUUUCCAGACUUUGAGUUGAAUUCAGAACUGGAAACUGCAGAAGGCAAUGCAUUUGACCUUGCAGCUCUAGAACUAGAAGCUACAGAAUUUGGAACCCCUGAAUAUCCAGUAGAUCUAGACUUGGGGGUUCCAGAUUUUCUAUCCCCUGAAUGCGAGUUACCAUCUUGUGAGCCUCCAAAAAUUCCCAGCUUUGACCAACGAGCCCUGACCCUCAGCAGUCAUCAUGAUCUAGUUCUUUCAGAGUUCUUGGCUCAAACGUGGGAGUUUCCAGCUUCAGUUCUAAAACCUCAAGUUGUUUCUGAGCUAUCUGCUAAAAUGGUGCCUGUUGAACCCUCAUUCACAGAGGACACUGACCAUGACUCCGCUUCGGUUGAAUUUCCUCAUUCAGGACUGACGUUGAGUGUCUGUCAACAGGAGAACUAUUAUGAAACCUGUGAUAAUGUGUAUGAAGUUGUUGAGAACACUGUCAGUCAAAACUCACACAAACGUAAAGGCCCACCAAAGAAUCCUUAUGGGGAACCCCAUCCAGUGAAGGAGGAGCCUCGAAUGCACAUAUGGCCCCGGAAUCCAUGUAAGGAAAAACAGAGCCCUGAGAACCACGAGGACAAAGAUCAGAAGAAGAGAGAGAAGCACCGCCUCGAGAAGGAGAAGAAAGAGCAAAAGGAGAGAGAGAAAAAGGAGAAUGAAAUGAAGAAAAAAUUCAAAGUGACUGGCCAGGAGGAGGCGAUGUACCAUGCCAGGGUGACAGUGGCCAGUAAAGUGCGUAAGAAUGACCUGCCAGUGAAGAGUGGUGACACGGUUAGCAUCAUCCGAACCACCAACUGCCCCAAAGGAAAAUGGCUGGCCCGUGACGCCAACCACAAAUAUGGCUAUAUCUCUGUAAUGAAUGUGGAGCUGAAUAUCAAAGAGAUGCUGGAGCUCGGGAAGAAGGCUCAGGCUGCUGGCCGAGGAGGCACAGAGGGAGAUACCAUCAGCAUGGGGAGCAGAUCAUCUAAUCAUCAUCCCGUGCUACACAGCAGCUUCACAGAUGACGAUGAGGAGUGGACAUUAGACGAAGAGACCCUGUCCCCCUACAUGGAGAACCGCGUUCACAAUCGGACUGUCUCAAUGCCUGAUAUGCUCUGCAGCCAUGAUAGUGCCCACCACACCCUUAGUGAUGGCAGCAUAGAGGACCGCCACACACAAACCAGACAUGAGGCUCUUCAGAAGUUAGCCAUCUUCUUUCAGAACAACAAAUCUGGCAUCAGUGACACAGCAGAAGACCGAGUGCCAACCCCUACAAAGUACAGUACAGUAUUUACAAAUUGCAUUACAAAUCCUCACUGCCAUCUUUCUAUUCCAUUCUAAUUUUAAAACUCUUUCGCUUUGUCUUCUGAAGUGCUGAAGCGCCAAGUAAGUAGCUGGAUACUGACUUCUCUAUGGCUGGGUUUGCUAUCGCCUCGCAUGUCACUGUCAUUGAUUGUGGUGAGUUUGAAAAGUAAACUCUCACUCCAGCGACUGUUUGUGGGACUUUAUGUUUAUGUCCAUCUGCAGGCUUCCUAUGUGUUGUGGAGCCUCCAUACUCGUAAGUGAAGAUUGUGUGUGUGUAUAUUUCAUGCAUUAUCCUCAUUGGUCUUAAUAGCCCUUGAGGUAGUAGUCUAGCUUGGACCAAAAUGUAUGUACCUGUUUUCUAUGGCAGAGACCAGGAAGUGGUUUUUGCAGAUUUUGAACUACUUCCCCCUCCAGUUCUAUAUGCAGAUUUCCUGUGACAGCUUCACUGACUGAGAGAACUAAAGGGGAGCACAACAGUUUCUUCUCCCAUGAUUGGCUGAGUAACCUGACCGUUACUGAUGCAGGCCAGGCAGCCAGCUGACCAACCCCACACAUAUCACUCUGCCUUGGGCCUGGAGAACAUACCAUGAACUCCAGAUGAACCACUGUUGUUCUAGAUCUAUGGACUCUAGAUCUACCGUUUAGAUCCAGAUGAACCACAGUCAUUAUAGAUGUAUAAAACUAGCUUGAUAAACCAUUGUCAUAUCUUAGAUCUGUUGGAUUAAAAGCAUAGAAAUAAAAUUAAUAGAACUGUCUGUUAUAUUUGAAUGGGGAUGUCCAUUCUAUUGAUAUGCCUUUAAUCAUAUCCAAUUGCUGAAAUCCGAUAACUUUUGAAAACUGGGCCCUGAAUAUCAAGU